AUGGGGAAGUCUAUUGAGUUAGCAAAGGUUCCUCAUAAGAGGAAGAUCGAUAUAGCUAGUCUCCAGGAGACACGAUGGGUGGGAGAUAAGGCACAAGAUGUAGACGGAUUUAAGUUAUGGUACUCUGGUCACGUGAGGUGCAAGAACGGGGUAGGCAUUUUGGUUGAUAGUGAUCUCCGGAAGCUAGUGGUGGAGGUUAAGAGAGUGAGUGACAGGCUGAUAGGAAUUAAGCUAGUCGUUAGGCUUUUCAUAGGAGGAGAUUUCAAUAGACACAUUGGGGUGACAUCUGGGGAUUAUGAUGAUGUGCACAGAGGCUUUGGUUUUAGAGUUAGGAACGGAGGAGGAAUUUCACUGCUAGAUUUUGCUAAGGUGUUUGAUUUGGUAAUUGCUAACUCGAGUUUCCUGAAGAAGGAGGAGCACUUGGUUGCUUUUAAGAGUUUGGGAGCCAGGACCCAUAUUGAUUAUACUAUUCAAAAAGUCGGAUAG